UUAGCACUAAUCAAAAUGUAAACAAAAACACGCGUGAAACCAGUGUACCCUGCGUGAAACUAAUUUAAAUUAUAAAAUUAUAUCAAAAUAUAUUAAAUGCUUAUUAAAAUGACAAAAAAUUGGAAGAAAUAUAUAUUAUGGUUUGCCCAGGAACAUGUAGAUUUUCGCUCAGCCGAAUUCAACUCCUUAGUAAAACUUUUUAACUUGGAAUAUCGCAAAAUUAGCCCAGAAUCAUUGAAACCAUUUUGGAUAGUGGAAUUUCCAAAUGAUGAGACGGCUUUAAAGUUUGCCUCCAGAUCUAUAGGUUUAAGAGCCAUUUUUGAACUUUGGAGUCAUGGCUUAGAUUUCAAGCAAUACCAUAAUAAUUUAAAAGAUUAUGUGCAGCAAAAUAUGGAAAGUAUAAAACCCUAUUUUCAACCAGACUGUUCAUUUAAAAUAACUGUGGAAACGUACAACAAACAUUUUACACAAAAGGAAAAAAUUGGGAAAAUUGAAACCAUGGAUUAUUUGCCUUUAGAGGGUAAUGUUAAUUUAAAAACUCCACAAGUAGAAUGGUGGUAUAUAGAGUUUUGGGGUUUAGAUCCAACACAAGUACCUGAUGAACCAGAAGAUGUAUUGUUUGGAAAAUGGCUGGCCAACGGCCAAAGGCAUUUGAUUAAAGACAUGUCUUUAAAAACUCGAAAAUUUAUUGGCAACACCAGCAUGGAUACACAGUUGAGUUUGCUUAUGGCCAAUCAAGCGUUAAUUCAAUCGGGAGAUUUAGUAUUUGAUCCAUUUGUGGGCACUGGAUCACUGCUGGUUAGUGCUGCCAAAUUCGGUGGUUAUGUUUUGGGGGCUGAUAUCGACUUCAUGAUGUUACAUGCUCGUGCCCGGCCUAGUCGUAUAACGCAAAAAGUACGCGAAAAAGAUGAGAGUAUAAGAGCCAAUUUAAAACAGUACAAUUGCGCUGAUCGUUAUAUGGAUGUUGUAGUGGCUGAUUUUUCAAAUCCUCUGUGGAGUGAUCGAAUUAAAUUUGACAGCAUUAUUACUGAUCCGCCUUAUGGUAUAAGAGAAUCCACGGAAAAGGUAGAAAAUAAAAUAGUAACAAAGGAUAACACGCGCAAUCCUGAUAUGCCCCACUAUCCGUCAACCUCACAUUAUUCCUUACAACAUUUGUAUAAAGAUUUGCUAAUAUUUUCAGCACGUCAUUUGAAAAUUGGUGGUAGAUUAGUGUGUUGGUUACCCUAUCAUAGAGAGGAUUAUUCAGAUGAAAUGAUUCCCUUGCAUAAGAAUCUAAUAUUGAUCUCAAAUUCUGAACAACCUUUAACUGGCCAAACUGCCAGGCGUUUGUUAACAUAUGAAAAAACCUCUGAACCAUUACAACAUUCAACGGAUGAAGUCGUAAUUAACGAUGGAACAUUAGCAUUAGACUUUAGGGAACGUUAUUUUGAUAAUGGAUACGAAACGCGUACGGAAAGACGUUUGCGUAAAGCGGAGCAACGAGAGCAGGGUCGUUUAGAAGCUUUAAAAAGGGGUAAAAUAGUGUCGGAUGGACGAGAACAAAAGAGCAAUUUGAAUAAAGCUAGAUUUUUAAAUAAAGAUAAUUAACAAAA